GCUCUCACUCUGAUAAGGUUCUGUUUUAUCUGGCUCAGCAAAAGCCGUUUGGAAAAGUCUAGUUUCCUUGUUCCUGGAGACCAGUGCUUGCAGCCGGCCAGACCUGGCUUUGAAUUGAAGCCCAUUAACGAAAUUUAUGGCGUCUUUCUUCUAAGCUGUAUUUUUGUGCACUCUGUAGCUCUCACACAGAGUCACUGUUUUUCCUGACCUGAGGUGUACGAUGCAGCAGUUGCACAGAUAGGGUCCCUAAAGUGAGAAAUGAAUGUUCGACAGACAAGGUGCUCUCAUUUGGCGUGGAGUGAAUGCCUUGUUUCCAUCUCAGAUCCGAAGAUGGAACACAUUUUUCCCAGUGACUUCAGGCAGAUGGCACACCUCCCACUUCUGUUGUGUGUCAUGAAGGAGAAGACACGUCUACAGCCAGGGCUGUGCCUGAAUAAUGAUGUACAUGGGUGGAGGCGGGGAAGUUCACAUUCACCUCUAGAAUGGCUUUUCUGCUUUGCUUGAGAAAUGCUUUAAUUGGCUGUCAUUAGUAAUCCCGUCAAGGGUGAAAAAACCUCCCUUGUUAGGACUCAAAGCAAAAAGCUGUCUCUGAGGAGUAAUGAGCAAUAUACUCUUUCUAAUAUGAUGCGGAAGCACUUAAUAUUUGUUAUUGGUGUUUACAGAAAUGAUUACUUCUCAAACAUUGCUGCUUACAGAAAUGAUUAAUUCUCAAACUCUGUCGGGAAGAUUCUCAGUGCUGAUUUUGAGAUGAUGGGCUUGGGAAACGGGCGUCGCAGCAUGAAGUCGCCGCCGCUCGUGCUGGCCGCCCUGGUGGCCUGCAUCAUCGUCUUGGGCUUCAAUUACUGGAUUGCGAGCUCCCGGAGCGUGGAUCUCCAGACACGGAUCAUGGAGCUGGAAGGCAGGGUCCGCAGGGCGGCUGCGGAGAGAGGCGCCGUGGAGCUGAAGAAGAACGAGUUCCAGGGAGAGCUGGAGAAGCAGCGGGAGCAGCUCGACAAAAUCCAGUCCAGCCACAACUUCCAGCUGGAGAGUGUCAACAAGCUGUACCAGGACGAAAAGGCGGUUUUGGUGAAUAACAUCACCACAGGCGAGAGGCUCAUCCGAGUGCUGCAAGACCAGUUAAAGACCCUGCAGAGGAAUUACGGCAGGCUGCAGCAGGAUGUCCUCCAGUUUCAGAAGAACCAGACCAACCUGGAGAGGAAGUUCUCCUACGACCUGAGCCAGUGCAUCAGUCAGAUGAAGGAGGUGAAGGAACAGUGUGAGGAGCGAAUAGAAGAGGUCACCAAAAAGGGGAACGAAGCUGUAGCUUCCAGAGACCUGAGUGAAAACAACGACCAGAGACAGCAGCUUCAAGCCCUCAGCGAGACUCAGCCCAGGCAGCAGGCAGCAGGCCUGCCACGUGCAGAGGUGUCACAAGGGAAAGGAAACGUGCCCAGUAACAGCAAGUUCCAGACUCCAGCCCCCAGUUCCGAAGUGGUUUUGGAUUCGAAGAGACAAGUUGAGAAAGGUAAGCAGAGCCCAGCAGUUGCCCUGUCCCCUGCUCUCCAGAGCCCCGUCAGAGGCAGUGGUCCCAGCGAGCUGCUGAGCAGUCAGCGAACCCAGCAGCGGGCAGCCAGGAGCGGGUGUGUCUCUCUGGGCACCUGGAAUUGCGGCACUGGGGCUUCUUGUGUGUUUGACUGAUGUCUCCUCCUCUAAACGAAGUGCCUUGUCCUUUGGCAGCUGUGUAGAGAAAGGCCCAGGCUGCACCUUUAUGCAGGACAUGGGUGGGCUUGUGGGACUCGGGGGAGGAGGCUGAGCCCCAGACACUGGGAACCAGGAGGCUGCUGUCCAUGGGCAAGCCCCGGGUGAGCCUGCCUGCCCUGGCUCCCAAGUGCUUGUCUCCAGCGGACAAGACGAUCAGGUCACUCAGCAGGACACCCUCUUCCCUUUGUGCCUUGUCAAGAUAGAAUUGAGUCC